CGCCACCAACAUCUGAGAUAUGACGAGGCUCUUGCUGCUGCUGUGCGCCUGCCUCGCAGCGAUCUGCGAGGCGGCGCUGCUCGCGCCGCCGGCAUUCUCCUCGCGCCAAAGCCUCGCGGGGCGCGCGCCCAGCACGCGUGCGUCGCUCGUCGAGCGGUUGAGAGGCGGCGCUGCAGACGAGGACGAGGACGAGGACGAGGAUGGGGACGAGCUGGACGAGGAGCUGGAGGGCGGCGGCGAGGAGGUGGCGGUGGACGACGACGGGCCGAGUCUCGCCAACCCUUUCCUGGGCGGCGGCGGCGGCGCCGGAGGGCUGGGCGGCCUGUCGGAGAUCACCAAGUCGCUGCAGGACCCGGCCACCCUGCAGAAGGCUCUCAAGGAGCUGCAGGACCCAGCCACCCAGGAGCGGUUCAAGCAGAUGAUGGAGGACCCGGCCUUCCUCGAGUCGAUGAAGGCCUACGCCGAGCAACUCACCAAGGACCCCAUGUUUGAUCAGCUCAAGGAGCAAGCCGAAAAGAUGAUGUCGGACCCGGCCUUCAUGGAGGAGAUGCAAAAGGCGAUGGCGGACCCGAGUCUGAUGGGUGCGCUCGCCGGCAUGGGCGGGGCGCCGGGUGGCGCCGGAUCGGACGAGGAGGACGGCGAUGAGUGAGGGCGCCGGCACCAAACCCGGGCCACCGCCGCUCGUGCGCGUCGGGCGGGGAGAGAGGAACAGGGUUGGGCGGUAUCUGCGUUUGAGGAGAGAGAGGGGCCGCGCCGCCCCCGCCGCGCCCGCCCAGUACGGAACUCAGUCGCACAUCGAGGCCAAAAGUUAACGUUUCCCGCACACCGGUCUCCGGCGCGCACUCCGGUGAGCGCGGUCACCGUGUGUGCGCAACC